UGUGGUCUGUGUUUACAAUUUUAAAACGCAUUUGGAGGUGUUGAUAUAAUAUUUGGAUAUUAAUACAUAAGGCGAAGAGUAAAUUAAUAAUACGGUUUGCUAAAGUUCUAAUAUUAUUUUAUGGUUAUUUUCAAAAAGUACUUUUAAAAUACUUAUAGUUAUUUUUCUCCUAAUUACAAUCUUUUGAGUUAUUAUGGUUGAUGUAAGGAUGAUGAUUACGGAUUGUAACCUCUACCGAACAUUGACGUUACAUUUUACAAAUGAAUUAAAUAAAUAAAUGAGAAUUAAAGGGCAGAAGUAUUUGGAGCUGACUCAAUCCGUAAUUCCUACGGUGAUGAUUGCAUUGGUCUAAAGCCCAGCUUUUAGACUCUAGACUUAAGAGUCUAGAAGUUCGUUGACUUGCUGUAGUUUGGUCUCCCACGCACACCAACUGGUAGAAGGCAUAUAGUGUCUGACGAGCUGGGCUUAGCUAGCGACGGGCAAAAUCCUCCGCUCGAGGAGUUCGUGUUCGUGUGCGCGUGUUCCCGUGCCUGCAUUCGCGACGCGAUCUAAGUCACUGUUUAGAGUCCAUGCAAGAUGUCAUCACAAAGUACUGCCAGCAAGAGAAAAAGGAAACGCAGACAAGUAGUCGGCAGUGAGGGUCGAAGUAUAAUAAUCAGUGUCCGUAAGUUCUUUAAGGAAGAAUAUGACUUUUCGAAAUUAUUUCCUGAGCCUAACUCUCAUUUACGAAAUGUUACACAACGGACAUCUGAGGCAACAGGCGUUGCUCUUAAAACUGUCCGACACAUUAUAAGAGAAGGGAAUAAUGUGCCAAGCACUUCCUCAAAGUAUACUUCUCCUUUGAAGAAAAGAACAAAACAAGGUAGCAAGUUGGAAAUAGAUAACUUCACAGCUGAUAUUGUCCGGAGUACUAUACAAUAUUUACAUGUGCAGAAAGAAAUUCCAUCAUUGACGAAGUUAAAAACAAUAUUAAAGGAUCAGAUUGAAUUUGAUGGCUGUCUCAAAACACUUCGUCGGUUCUUACAAAAAUUAGGAUACAAAUGGUGUAAGACAACAAGUUAUCGUAGAGUUUUGAUGGAACGUCAUGAUGUACAAAUGGGGCGACUUAAAUAUUUAAAAAAGAUUUCUGAAUAUCGCUCUCUAGGACGGCCAGUUGUCUAUAGCGAUAAAAGUUAUUUUCUUAGCACAGGCACUUGUUUUAUAUUUGUGUAUGCAGGAACAAAGGAUGGAUUUAUUGAAAAUGCCUCUGAGAUUUAUAAAGCCAAUUCAACAGCUGAUGAUUAUCACUCUAAUAUGAGCUAUGAUAACUAUAUUAAAUGGCUAAAUGAAAAACUCUUACCAAAUUUACCUGAACGCUCUGUCAUUGUCUUGGACAAUGAGUUAUAUGAUCAAAAACAACUUACAUUAGCAACACCGAAAGAAGAUAUGAAACAAUGGCUUAGAGACAGGGGCAUACCUUUUGAAGAAUCUAUGUUGAAAUUAGAAUUAUAUGACAUAAUAAUAAAACAUAUAAAUGAAAACACUAAAUAUGAAAUUGAUGAGCUUCUAGAGAGCAAAGGUUUUGAUGUCAUACGUGUCCCCCCACUUCACCCUGAAUUAAAUGCAGUUGAAAAUAUUUGGAGUACUGUAAAAAAAUACAUAGCAUUAAAGAGUUCAGAGCAAAAUGUGGUUAACAUGGAAAAUUUAAUCAAUGAAAGUUUAAAGAAAAUUACAACUGAGACAUGGCAUGAAACAUGCAGUCAUAUUGAACAAAUAGAAAAAACAUACUUAGAAUAUUUUGACCUAGAUUUAUAUUUCCCAAUUAAUGUGCAAACUGAGGACAGUGAAUCAGAGUUUGAAAGUGAUGUAUUGGACAGUAAUUAAAUCUGUGAUAUUUUGUGUAAAUUUUUUUUUACUUAAUAAAACAGACAAAUAUCCCAGCA